AUGCCUGACCUGAACAUCGCGCGGAACUUGCGGGAGAGGAUGGCGCAAGGCGAGCACAUGGAGUUGGUGGACGCAGCCAUGGCGGUGCCUGUAGACGAUGAGGAGGCGGUGAAGACGGUGGUGAAGGUGGCACUCUGCUGCAUCCAGCAUGAGCGGGACAUGAGGCCAAGCAUGCAAAAUGUGGUGGAUAUGCUCGAAGGCCGGGUCGCCGUUAAUUUCCCGCCGGAGGCCCAUCGUCCAUCAUCUUCUGUUGUAAGUUUAUCGGAGCCACAUUCGAUUUCGGAGCACGCCGUCAUCGACAUGCACGGUGGGUGA